AUGGCUUCCUUGAACAUCGACCCACCCCUCCUCAAUUCCGCAAACCCAUGGUGCACAAGCCUUGAGCAACUCCAGGAACUUUACGAUAGUCCACACACAGGCGCCAUCACAACGCGCACAUCCUUCUUGAAAGGCUUCCCACACGAUCCCGCGCACCACCAAUUCACUUUCUUCAACCCAUCCACCCAUAGUUCCAGCACCCCAAAUACCGAUCUGGCCGGCGAUGCCACAACAACAGGCAGUUUAAACACACUCGGCUACUCACCCCUCGUUCUCGGGCAGUACCUCAACUUCGUAGGCAAGAUCAGCGAUGCCCUGCUUUCCGACCCGCCAAAAGGAAGGGAAACCUUCAAACCAAUUCUCAUCUCCGUAACCGGAAGCGUGGAGGAAGUGGCGCAAUGCUACCAGCUCAUCUACACUAUCCAACACAGUGUGAAAAUGCCACUAGCCAUGGAAAUCAACCUUUCCUGCCCAAACAUCCCAGGGAAGACACCACCAGCCUACAACGCUGACGCCCUACGCGAAUAUCUCGCCGCGCUCAAAGUAGCCAUCGAUGUUGGCCUCACGAAAAGCGGGGGCGAGACACAGAUACCCGUUGGCAUCAAGAUACCGCCGUAUACGUACCAAGAGCAAUUCGAUGCCUUGAUAAGCGUAUUGGAGGAGAGCGCGGAGAACAAAAUGAAACCAGUCUACCUCCCCUGCCCUAUUUCUUUCAUCACCGCCGUGAACACACUCGGUUCGUCUCUGGUCUUGUCUCCACAGGACGUGGGUGGUGAAAGCAAGAUCAGUCCUGCGCUCAACUCAGCGAAUGGGUCUGGGAUUGGGGGGCUGGCGGGCGCGCCGUUGCAUCCCCUUGCGCUGGGUAAUGUGCGCAUAUUGAGGGAGAUGCUGGAUAAGAGGGAGGCGUUGAAGCGGAUUAUGGUCAUUGGGACGGGGGGUGUGGAGGAUAAGAGUGGGUUUGAGAGGAUGAGACAUGUGGGUGCGGGGGCGGUGGGCGUGGGGACUGCGUUGGGAAGGAAGGGGGUGAAGGUUUUUGGGGAGAUUGUGGAGGGAUGA